UUCGGGUCAUGGACGUUUGACGGUUCGAAGCUUAAUCUGGACGUGGACGAAAAUGGCUUCGAUCUUUCCAGUUACAUUCAAAAUGCGACGUCUGCUGUUCAAAACAUUCAACGUUAUCAGUGUUGCCCGGAACCCUACUACGAUGUUGUUUUUACAUUUGUCAUCCGCAGAAGAGUGCUUUAUUACGCAUUCAACCUUAUUCUACCUUGUAUUCUGAUUACUAUGCUCACCUUGAUCGGCUUCACACUACCUCCCGAUGCAGGAGAGAAGAUGUCAUUGCGGGCGUUUUUUGCAUUGUGUAUGUGCACAUGUGCUUGCUGUGUUGUUGCCACAACGUUGGCUCUGAACUUUCACCAUCGGAAUUCGUACUCCCACGACAUGGGAAGCAUG